AUGUGGCGGAAUUUUGUGCGUCUUCACUUUGCAAUGGAUCGAAGGCAGUGCGCCCCAAUUCUCUCAGCGACAGGCGCCGCGGUGCAAGCGCGUGGGGCGAGCGGCACGCAGCAGCCGCAGCUGUGCGUCGGCGACGCGUGUGCCCGUUGGCCGUCCGCUGGCGGUGUGCGUGGGGCCCUCCAGCGCACGGGCGUUUGGAUGACCCCGCCGCGGCCACGGGGCGCACCCGCAGGCCGUGUGGAGGGCCUCUAUGACUCCGUGUUCAACGCGAAAUGGAGCCACGUCUUGGGGUUUCCCGAGGGCGAGGGGGAGAAAAUGGCGGUGAAAGAGGGCCAAGCGCCAGCAAAGCCGUGGGAGUACGAGGCGCUGCUCACGACUGUUCGGCUGGAGGACGGCGCGACUCAGUCGCGUGCGCCGCGCCUCAGGCUGGUGGUACUGUCCUCUGAGAAGGGGUGGCUGCACGCGCCGAAGGAGGGGGCCGCCCUCGCCGACUGCCACGUCACCGCCGAGGUGGAGCGGGUGUGGCGGAUAGUCAAGUGCUUUCUGCCCUUCCUGUUCCUCACGCGCGAGCCUGGACGUUGUGACGUGAAGCCGUUUCUCCUGCUCGGGACGCCGGGCAUCGGAAAGUCAAUGGACGUUGGCUCCUAUAUCUUAUACGGGCUGCUGCAGUACGACGCGGCGAGGCUCAACGUGGCGGUGUACUGCUUUGGGGCGGAGUUGGCGUACGUGUUUGACAAGGAGGAGAAGACGGUGACGGCGCACGAGGGCGCGGAGAAUGUCGCGGGAGCCGUGAAGGCCCUGUGGGGGCGUGGGAAGAACGGGUUUGUUGUCUACGACGUGGCGGAGGAGGGGGCACCGCCGCCGCCGGAGCUGCAGCCUGCCGGAUGGGGCCUACUUGUGCUGGCGUCCCCGAACGGAAGCAACUUCAAGGCGUGGGGGAGGAACGUCGGCGCCCGCUUCAUCAUCAUGAACUGCCCCGACGAGAACGACGUGAAGGCGAUGUGCGCCUGGGAGACGCGCCACCAGCCCGCGCAGGCGCAGGCGGACUACUGGGAGACGGUCGACAGCCGCAUGGAGCGCGUCGGGCCGUUUCCGCGGUACGUCCUCAGUGAGGCCGCGUUCAACGGGCGCACUGAGGCGGUCGAGAGCGCCCUGCAGGCGAUUGACGCCUCGGUUGCCAAAGACUACUUCGCGCGGGAGGCCGAGAUAUUUUGGUGCGAGGAGAACCCGUUCAAGAAAUUUGUGAAAGUUGAGCGGGAAUGCGGCAAAUACGGGCACGAGAUCGUGAAGUUGUCAACUAUAAGCGACUACGUUGAUCGGCAGAUGGUGGACCGGCUGUGUGAGGUGCUGGGCGACGGGGGGGCGCUCUCGCUGCUGUCGGGGGCUCCCGGUGCUGCCUAG